CCAACGAAGCCAAGUGCCAGCUGUGCAAAGUGCAGACGGGAGGACUGCAGCAUAGUAUAGCUAUAUACGUAUCAUUGUGUUUUCACUAUAGCAGAAAUGGCUGUUCGAAAUGUAAAUUUACGAAUCGCUGCGUAGAGUUUAUUUACGCGAAAACGAAUUGGCAAUUAUUUUUUCGUUCCGUGACAAGUGGCUCGGUGUCAUUUGGGCCGCUUCUGCCUGAUUUCAUUAUUAUUUCGUGUACCCUAUCCGAAUAAAAGUUGUCGGCGUUUAGCGGCAAGAUUUACUCUUGCAAAACGUCUCGCUCGCUUGAAGAUGUUGCUCUUCGUCCUUCUCUGCCCGUUCUUCAUGAACCUGGGCCCGAUCGCAGCUGAGAAAAAAAUCAAUAAGUUCGUUAGUACGUUAAUUGAUGCCAAAUGGAAGGAUACACCAUUGGUUUUAGAAGUAGCAGAAUAUUUAAACGAUGAGAGUCAAGAUUAUUUUUGGAGAUUCGUUGAUCAAGUAUCCGAUGCAUCGAAUGACUUUCAGAAUGUUACAGAAAAAGAACAAUAUGACCUGACCAUAUCGAUGGCUUCAAAGUUUUUAAGUCCAUCUGAAAUAAACAUAAUGAAGUUAGGACUUUCUUUGAGAAUAUAUUCUGCCAGGGUAGAGAUGUUUUCUCAAAUGGCUGAAAAUAAGAAUGCCUCAGAUUUGGAUUGCGCCAAUUUCAUUGACGUUGGUGGCAAAUACUUUUGUACAUUAGACAAGUUUAAUCAGUUUAUUGAAGAUGAUGAGUGGAAUCCUGAAGGAAUUGAUACAUACAAUUUAGAUCAUUUUUAUCUUGGAAAACAACAAACUGAUAAAACUAUAGUUUUAUAUGGUCAAAUGGGAACACCUAGUUUUUCAGAAUUGCACAAUGAACUUAAAUCAUUGGCUGAAUCUAAAAAAAUUAAUUAUGUUUUGCGCCAUUACAUCAAGGACAGACCUGAUAGAAAACUUAGACUUUCUGGUUAUGGAGUCGAGCUUCAAAUGAAAUCAACUGAAUAUAAAGCUACAGAUGAUUCAGAUAUUAAGGAAAACCAAGCUCAAUCAGAAGAAAGUGUUAGCGAAAAUGAAGAUGAAGUAGAUGGAAUUAAUUUUUCAGCUUUGAAAAAAUUAUAUCCUGAUCACUCCAAAAAAUUGGAGAAAAUGCAAAGUUAUUUACUUGAAAAUAGUCAUGAAGUUGAGGCUCUCAAAGUUUGGCAAUUUCAAGAAUUAAGUCACCAAGCUGCUGAAAGAAUAAUGAACUCUCCAGCCGGAGAGGCAAUUGAUGUAAUGACUGACAUUGCACAAAAUUUCCCUCUGCAGACUAAAUCUUUGGUUAAAACUAAAGUAAGCAAUGAAAUGAAAAAAGAAAUUAAAUUGAACCAGGAGAUAUUUUCAACUACUUUGCGCAUACAACCUUCAGAAACAGCAUUAUUUAUUAAUGGUCUAUUUUUUGAUUUAGACACUGUUGAUGUAUUGACACUUUUGGAAUCUCUACGUUCUGAAUUGAGAGUGAUGGAAUCUCUGCAUAAAAUUGGCUUGCAAGGUCAAAAAAUAAGUAAUCUCAUAGCAUUGGAUUUAUCAGACAAUGUUAACAACCAAGACUUUGCCAUUGAUAUCCGUGAUUCAGCUGUGAUAUGGAUAAAUGAUAUUGAAAAUGAUUUUCGGUACAAUAGAUGGUCUCCUUCAUUAACAGAAUUGCUGCGGCCUACUUUCCCUGGAAUGCUUCGAAACAUUCGCCGUAAUUUGUACAAUCUUGUGAUCAUUAUUGAUCCUAUUAGUGAAGAUUCUGCACCAUUGAUAACUUUAGCAGAAUCAUUGUAUGCUCACUCAGCUCCUCUAAGAGUAGGUUUUGUGUUUAAAACAAAUUUCAAUAUGACUGAAACAGGAUUAAGUGACCCAAGUAUAGCUAUUAAUAAUGCCUUCCAUUAUCUAAUGGAAAGUAAAACGUCCAAGGAUGCUAUUAACUUUUUAUCUAGUUUGAAAAAUUAUGAUACAUCAAAUGGUUUAUCAGUUGAUAAUGUUAGAAAAGCCCUUAAAGCUAUUGAUUCAAAAGCAAAUGCCAACUACAUAUUCGGUGAAGAAUCAGAAUAUGACGUUGGACGACAUUUGGCUAGUGACUUUAUCAAAAGAACAGGCUUCAAAAAUGUUCCUCAAGUCCUCUUAAAUGGUGUUCCUUUACCAUCUAAUCAACUAACUGCAGAGUUAUUUGAAGAAGCUGUGUUAUCUACCAUUAUGUCACAAACGCCUGUAAUUCAAAAAGCAGUGUAUAAAGGAGAAAUAACAGAAAGCGAUGAUGUUAUUGAUUAUCUCAUGAAUCAACCAAAUGUCAUGCCAAGAUUGAACGAAAGAGUUCUUAAAACUGAAAAUAACAUAUGGUUGAAUUUAAUUGGAUCGAUUCCCGAUAAUACUGAUUAUCACAAAUGGAGUUCGCAAGAUAAAUCAGUUUGGUUAAUGGAUAAUAUGCAAUACAUCUGCGUUUCACGAAAAAAUGUUCCUUCUCACCUUUAUACUAUAUGGAUUACUGUAAACUUAGAAGAACACUCUGGAAGAAUGUUGUUGAAAGAAACUUUAAAUUACUUAGAAUCCAACGCUGACAAUAGAGCAACAAUUCUGAUAAAUAGUGAAAACUCAAAGCAUUCUGUUACUAAUAUUAAUCAAAUAGCUUUAGCUGCAAUUAAAGUUUUGCCUGUUGAAGAGUCCUUCAAAUAUUUACGUAAACUCAUGAAAGAAGAAACUUAUACUCAGAUUAGAAAUGGUGAAUUUGAUAUACAGGAUGAAAUAUUAGCGGAAAUGAAACAACAAGAAUUUUUGCUUCAAGUUCAAAGCGAUUAUUGUAAAAAUGUUUUGGGUAUUAAUGAAAAUGCAAGAACGAUUGUUUAUAACGGCCGUGUGAUUGGACCUUUGGAAAAUGAUGAGGAAUUUUCUAGUGAAGACUUCUCUCUUUUAGGAAGAUUCAGUCAUAGUACAUAUGGAGAGAAAUUGUACAAAUUUUUGCUGAAAAGUCAAUUUUUCACUGAUGAAUAUUCUGAAGGUAAUAGUAUACCUGACGAUACCAUAAUGAGAAUAACGUCGUUGUUAGUACCCAGACCUCAAACUCGAAGUCGAUUCGAAGUUCCCUUCCAUGGGGAUGAACACAGUGCCAUUAAACUGCCUGCCAAAAACUUAGAUGAACCAAUAUUUAAUAUUGUGGCUGUAGUUGAUCCUGUAUCAAGAGGAGCUCAAAAACUUGGACCGAUACUUAAAGUUCUCUACAAGUCAUUAAAUUCUAAUAUAAAAGUAUUUCUUAACUGCAUAGAUAAAAAUAGUGAUAUGCCUUUAAAAAGUUUUUAUCGUUUUGUGUUUGACUCAGAACUACAAUUCAACAAUGAUGGUGAGAUUAUUGGGUCUGUUGCGAAAUUUACAAAAUUACCAACGUCAUCGCUUCUGACGCAAUACAUUCAUGCACCGGAAAAUUGGUUGGUUGAGGUAGUUCGUAGCGUGUACGAUUUGGACAAUAUUAAAUUAGAUAAUGUUGCGAUGGGUGUUCACAGUGAAUUUGAGCUUGAAUACUUAUUAUUGGAAGGUCAUUGUUUUGAAGCUUUAAUUGGAAAUCCACCAAGAGGAUUACAAAUAACUUUAGGAACUGAGAGAAACACUGCGACAGUUGACACAAUUGUAAUGGCCAAUUUAGGAUAUUUCCAGUUGAAAUCUAAUCCUGGAGAAUGGCUGCUAAAAUUACGUGCUGGAAGAUCGAGUGAAAUAUACGACAUUACUAGCGUUGAUGGAGCAGAUGUUAUACAUAAAGGAAAAACUGUUAAAGUUUUGAUAAGUUCGUUGAGAAGUAACGUUUUAAAAUUGAAAGUAACGAAAAAACCAGACAAAAUCGGUGUAGAUUUACUAGCCGAUGACGAUAAAGAAUCAGGCAUAUGGAAUUCUAUAUCGAGAACAUUCUCAAACAGCGAAGAUAGCGAAGAUGCCGAUGAAAAGUUGAACAUAUUCUCUCUAGCAUCUGGACACUUAUACGAAAGGUUUUUGAAAAUCAUGAUGUUAAGUGUUAUGAAAAAUACGAAAAUGCCUGUUAAAUUUUGGUUCCUGAAAAAUUAUCUGUCCCCCACAUUGAAAGACUUUUUACCUCACAUGGCCAAAGAAUAUGGAUUUGAAUAUGAAUUAAUUCAAUACAAAUGGCCAAGAUGGUUACAUCAACAAACUGAAAAGCAAAGAACCAUUUGGGGUUACAAGAUUCUUUUCCUCGACGUAUUGUUUCCCCUAGAUGUUAAGAAAAUAAUUUUUGUUGAUGCCGAUCAGGUCGUGAGAGCCGACUUGAAAGAAUUGGCGACCAUGGACCUUGGUGGCGCGCCAUACGCAUACACUCCAUUCUGUGAUAGUAGAAAAGAAAUGGACGGGUUCAGAUUUUGGAAGCAAGGUUACUGGAAAAAUCAUUUACAGGGACGUUCGUAUCACAUCAGUGCUCUGUACGUUGUUGAUCUGAAGCGAUUCCGGCGCAUCGCAGCCGGAGAUCGUCUGCGCGGUCAAUACCAAGCAUUGAGCCAAGAUCCCAAUAGUUUAUCCAAUUUAGAUCAGGAUUUGCCAAAUAACAUGAUACAUCAAGUAUCGAUAAAAACACUGCCACAAGAGUGGCUUUGGUGUGAAACUUGGUGUGACGAUAAAUCGAAGAAGUAUGCCAAGACUAUUGACUUGUGCAAUAAUCCUAUGACUAAAGAAGCAAAGCUGCAGGCAGCAAUGCGUAUUUUACCUGAAUGGAUCGGUUACGAUGAAGAAAUCAGAGCAUUGCAAGUGAAGCUCGAAAACGAAAAUAGACAAGUUGAGAAAGAAGAUGAUGUGAGUGAGAAACAUGCGAAACAUCAAGAAUUGUAA